AUGGACCAGCCACGUCAGAUUCAUCAUCUCGCCGAUGAGCUGGUGAAUGAAAUCUUAGCCUUUAUACUCGAAUCAGGCCCGCAAAAUCCACAUGGGAAAUUGUAUAUCAACGGGAAUCAUAGUCAGGAUAACCGUCGGCCUAUUGCAUAUGGCGAAGCAUCAGACUUGGAUUGCUUUCGUCUGGUAUGCAAACGGUUUAUGCGAAUUGGCACUCCUCGAAAAUUUGCUCGUUUUAAUCUACGGUUUUCUGAAGAUGGGUUUCGGCGACUGGGGGAAUUGCUGGAGAUGCAGCGGGCUUGUUAUGUGAAAACGGUGACAUACCUCGUGCGACCUUUCUAUCAAGGCAGCGGAUGGCGACCAAUAUUGCAAACCAUCGGCUCUAAAAACCGGGCUCUGGCACAACUGCAUAGCCAGCGCUUAGAGGAACAAACCAACCUAGUCGAGACCAACUUCGAUCUCAGCCAGUUGUGUCUAGGAAUUGCGGCAUUUUCUGCCCUACAAGAAAUCAAGUUGCUCCGUCUCCAGGAUGAGGCAGAUGAGCAUCUGCUUGAUCUCGUUCAUGAAAACUAUAUCCGCGGUACUGAAACUAUGGACUCGAGCCGUAUUUGGUUUGACUGGGAAUCAGCAUGCUCGCGCGCAGUCACGAACCUGGGGAUUGCCCUGUUGAACUCUCAAUGCUCUGCGAUACGAUUUAUUGGUCCACAUAUCAGCCCCGAAGCUACGCUUCAACUGUUAAGAGCCCCAUCAACAACCCUGGCUGCAAUGGGCAACCGUCUAACCAGCCUGGACAUAAAUUUUCACUCGCAUUCCGACAUUACAGCCACCAUGUCUGAUCUAUCCAGUUCGCGAUUCACAUUGGAUUCCCUCCAAAAACCCCCCCUUGAUCUAGACCUGGAAUCUAUUUUCCAUAAUAUUCGAUGGAAAACUCUUCGCACUCUUAGUUUACAGGGCUGGCGCUUGGACGCAGAUGAGAUCAUCUCAUUAAUCCGUCGUCAUCGUCGCCAACUCCGUGAUUUCCGCCUCUUCGCUGUGUACCUUCGACCACGGGGGCGUUGGAAGGACGUGCUCUGCGUUCUGCGUAACGAAAUGGAGCGCCUAGACAGUGUGGAACUACGUGAAAUCGACUACACAGAACACUUCGAUGCACUCGCCCGCGUCGACGGCAUCGAGGUCUUUGAUACACCGCUAUCUCCAUCAGCACCAUCUUCUAUUUCAUUUGCGGCUGGUACAACCCUCUCAGACCAGGCCUUUUUCUCGGGAAUUGGACUUGGAUCCGGUGUACCUAUUGCGCAUGGAAGACGAAUCCCGAUACAGCGCACUUCAUUGGAAAAAUUACAUCAUCUUUCAACAGAUGAUCUGGGAGAUAGUGGGAUCGCUGUUCAGAGAGAGCAGGUUCAGUUUUGGGCUGCGUGGGUUCUAUCGGGAUUCCAACGAGGUAUCCAAAAUACCAAUGGGCAUGAAAACAAUGGAAACGGGAACGGUCAUAGCCGGGUCCCUGCCUAUCACAUCUGA